UUGUUUUGUUUACAUAUAGUAGUGUUUUGUUUACAUAUUGUAGUACUGAUAAAUUGAAAUGUUUCGUCAAUUUAGAAAAUGCAAUGCAUUAGAAUUCGGUAUUUGCAAGCCUAUCUUAAAUCGUUUGAUUUCAAAGGAAUUUCAAAAUAGUUUAAUUAAACGAUUGUCCACUUUAAAUUCUUCGUUGGAUAUAUCUGGCAUAUAUCCCCCUAUUAUCACUAAUUUUGAUAGUGAUGGAAACAUAGAUUUUAAAAAAUUGUUGCUGAAUUUAGAAAAAUGGAAAUCGAUUCCAUUUAAAGGUUAUGUAGUUCUAGGAUCAACUGGAGAAUUUGUAUCUCUCAGUGAGGAUGAAAAAGUUAAAUUAGUGAAAUGCAUAAAAGAUUCCAGUACUUCUGAUAAACUCAUUCUUGCUGGUUCAGGAUGUGAAUCUACUGCUCAUACUAUUGAAUUAACAAACAAAAUGGCUAGUGUUGGUGCAAAUGCUGCGCUUGUUGUGUCUCCCUGUUUUUAUAAAGGCAGGAUGACUGAGGAUAUUCUUUAUGACCACUACCAAAAAGUAGCUGAUUCUAGUGAAAUACCUAUUAUUUUGUACAGUGUGCCACCUAACACAAGUAUAGAUUUAACUGCUUCAUUGGUUGCCAAACUUGCAGAUCAUCCUAACAUAAUUGGGCUUAAAGAUAGUGGUGGAGAUAUUACAAAAAUUGGUUUGAUUGUGCAUAAAACAAAAGGCAAGAACUUUCAAGUUUUGGCAGGAUCUGCAGGAUUUUUGUAUCCAGCUUUAUGUGUAGGGUGUGUUGGAGGAGUUUUAGCACUGGCGAAUCCUCUUGGAAAACCACUUUGUGAUCUUUAUCAACAUGCUUUACAAGGAAACCAUGAUGCAGCUCGUAGUCUUCAACAUAGAGUUAUUGAACCAAAUUUGUGUGUUACAAAAUUGUUUGGAAUUCCUGGUGUUAAAGCUGCAAUGGAUAUCAUGGGUUAUCAUGGAGGCUUGUGCCGUUCCCCAUUGAAAGCACUUUCAUCUCAUGAAAAAGAAAAGCUGAAAAAGGAUUUUAAGGCAAAUGGAUUUUUGUAAUCUCCAAAGUUUAUACCAAAUAUUUUCCUAUAUACAUGUAUGCCAAUAUUGUUGUUCCUUAUAUAUUUUUAUAUUCAGCCAAAUUUUUAUAUCCGUAUUUUUUAUUACAUUUUUACAUUUAAAUAAAUUUAUAUUCUUGUUGCAUUUCAA